CGCCCGCCCCCGGCCGCGCCACCGCCCCUUCCUGUCAUGGCCGCUGCCGGGCUGGGGGAGAGCGGUGCGGCGAGGCGGGUCGGCGCCCCCAGCAGCUGAGGGGCCCCGGGCGGCGCGGGGCGGACGGGACGGGACGGGACGGGACGGCCCCAGCCCGGAGCCGGCGGCAGGAGCGUGCCGUAAUCUCCCCCUGCUCACGGAUCCCGAGGAUGCCCCUUCCUAGAAGGCGUGGAUACUGCUGAAAUACCUACCUUCCCCCACUUUCCUCAUUUAACUUCCCGUUGGGGUCAGCUCAUCAUCAGCAUGCCUUCUACCAAGAACACCUCAAAACUUUUCCUGGUCCUCGUUUCAUUGCUGCUGGUGCUCCCAGUAGUUGAAGCCCUGGACGCAGGAGAUGCCAUCGCCUUCCUACUGGGCCUCGCUGUCAGUGUCGUCGGAUUCUGUGCCUGCCUUGGCUUGUACGCAAGGAAAAGGAAUGGGCAGCAAUGAUUUCAAGAAGAUGCUCAGUUGAAGUGAAUUUCCAAACACAGCCUGGGGUUGAGGUCUGGGGUGUAAGACUGAGCUUUGGUUCUGGAUCUCUUUCAAAACCCAUGUAGUAGGUAUUUCUACAAACCCCUCUUACUGUGCAAUACAGCAGAAUCAAGACUGUACCCAGUAAAAGGGAUUUGUAGGAUUUGUCCUGAUGACAGUAAGAUGGUUUUGUAUUGCUUGUGAUUAAAUAUUGCCUUAGAGAAGGGUAAGAACUUUUUGAAUAGGGAAGGAAAACCAUAAAGCAGUUCACAGUAAAUGGUUUAUAAGUGGAACUUACGAGGGAGAUAAUCAACAAUUUCCACAAUUUUGAUUUCAAGGGUUAUUCAGGAGGAAGAAGCAAUAUUCCAGUCAGGAUGUUAGAGCUCUGGAAGUACUCCUAACUAGAUAGCUAGUGAGCAGACUGCUUUGACUUGUGCGCACGUGCUCACAUUCUCAUGGCAAUUAACAACUAACAGCUCACUUCUGUCACAGGGAUGAGACUUCAGGGAACUAAGAAAAUAUGGGUAACUUUUUUUUUCUCAUGUAUUUUUAUUUUAGAGUGUGCCUCUUCUGUAACCUCUGUUCUUGUUACCAAGUAAAUACACUUAAGAAUGGGACCACUAUUUAAUGGGUAUUUCACAGAAAAGUACAUGUAAGCCUAUGUAAAUCAGAUCAGGGUUUUUUUUUUUCCUUGUUUAUUUUUCAUACUCAGCUUUCCUUCAGGCACACCAGGUUUAAGGCUUAUUUCAUUUGGUGUUUGUAUUUUUUUUUUCCCCAAAAUGGAAUACUUUACCUAUUUUAAUGAGGAAUUACGUGUAGUAUUUCUACAUUACGGGGUGGUCAGAAUUAUAGCAAGACAGUUGUGCAUGUUUCUUUUGCAAUAUGGAAAAAAAGUGUUUUGUUAAAAUCCUGGUUUUAGUCAACAGGUCUGUGGUUCUCAAGUGUCUUCCUCAUGACAAACUUCUGCUGUUAGCUAAACAUUUAGGCUUCUUACCUAAAAUGCAUAUGAGUUCCACAGAAGAUUAGGACCAAAACCAAAGUAAAAUAUCCCAAUGCAAAAUGGGAGAUGUAAAUAGUGUUAAUUCUGUUCAUGCUCAGAUUGUGUGGUAUAUGGUUGAAGACUCUACUCAGUAGCAUAUCCAGGACCUGUUUCUUUAAGUACCAAAGGUGAAAUGGCACAGCUAAGAAUUGCCUGCCAGAAGUCUCUCUGGCUUGUUAGGGUGUUCCAACUGUUUUGCUUGAGACAGGAGCGCAGUGUGUAACAGCAGCAGAAUAAGGAGGAUAGGAAGGUGAGCUCUCCACAGUUCACAGACUUUCCUUCUGAUCUUGUGCUGUGGACACUGCCACUCUUGCUAGGAAUCUUGGCUUUUAUCUUUCAGAGCUGGGGAAGAAGGUUAAAUGUGACGCAGAGCUAUUUAUUUUGAUACUGUUCCUCCCCUUCCUCUGUAACUGUCUCUGUUCAGUAGAGCACAAAGCAAUGGCUAGAAGGGUUGUCAGGCAAGCCUUAUAUAAGUAAUUGGGUGGGCAGAUCAUGUUCUCCAAAUUCUAAGAUUUCUGUAUGCCAUUUGUGGCUAGUUUGACUUCUCUUUCCAACCUCUGAGAAGACAGAAGCUCUGGUUAUUUCAGUCUUUCAUUUUAUGUCCCGCUGUCAUGGUUGAUAGAGGGAGGAAAGUAAAACAGCUUCCAAAAUUUCAUGGGGGUUGAAACUGUAGGACUCAACCCAGCACGCCACAAGAAUGUAGGUUUCUGCUCUCAAGUUACAGGAAUAAUAAUGGUCACAAAGUUACUCUGAUGAUACAGAAGUCUUGCCAGGUAGCUGUUGUUGAACCCUUUUUGUGGUUUCCAAAAGUCAGAAAGAGACAUGGUGCACAAUUACUAUGUACAAAUGAAAUGUACAGCCUUAAGAGCUUCACACAGUAGUGUCACCUUUGAAAGCUGCUUAGCAGCAGUAGAUGAUCCUGUGAUUAUUCAACUGAGUGGAUGCAAGCACACAUCAGGUGUGAUCUUCCAUUUUAAGGCUUAGCUAAACUACUACCCUUCAAAAAAAAAACAACCAAACAAAAAAAAAACCAAAACAAAACACCACAAAACCUGUUUAUAUUUCUCACUAUAUAUAAAAAAACCCACUCAAUUCACUUCAUAUUUCCCCAAAUUAGAGAAUUAUGCCAUUUUUUUUCAGUAGAAUAUUAAAUAUUGCUCUUUCAAUAGAAUACAUUUUAUCACAAGCAGCUUUUCAGACUCCUUUAUCUUUACUUUGGAAAAGAUCCCUGGCAAGUUUCACUACAGGAGAACAAAAUUUUAGCAGAGUAAUUAGCGUAAGGCAACAGGAAGCUGUAUGUACUUCAUUGAAAGGUGUUUGCACAGCCUAAUGGCGUUGUUUCCUGGGUUCUGACAGAAGCUUUACUGUUGAAGACUUGCAUUUGUUGAUGACUUGAGUGUAAAAUUGGAUACGCCUGUUCUUCUUCUGUCUUAAUAAACUUUCAUGUAUGAUUUGUCA